AACCACAACAACAUACUUCACCAAGGAUUAGUUUGAGCUUUUUCUUCCUUCAUCAGCCUUUAGAGCAAAGCAAACAAAGACUGUCCGCUACUUAGAAAAAUGGCCAUUCUUAUGCCUCGGAUCAUUCAAGCAAAACAAAUUCUCCGACGAUCAUUGUCAAAUGGAAGCAGCAAUACAUACAUGGCCRUCCCUAAAGGUUAUUUUGCUGUUUAUGUUGGGRAACAAGAGAAGAAGAGAUUUGUGGUUCCAGUAUCAUUGUUAAGCCAACCUGCAUUUCAAGAAUUAUUAUAUCAAACAGAGGAAGAAUUUGGGUACAGCCAUCCAAUGGGUGGCCUCACCAUUCCAUGCAGCGAAGACAUAUUCACUGAUCUUGCUUCUCGUUUGGGGGCAUUAUGACUUGUACAUGGUAGUUUUAAAUUUCUAGCUUGGUUUUGUAAAGAACGAACAAUAGGACCUUUAAAAGUUUGUAAGACGCGUGGAGACAAUUGUCCCAGUUUUAUGAAAUUUGAUUUAGGAAUUAC